AUGUCUGACUGUUGCAGCAGAGGUAAGGUCAAAAACGCAUGCAUGGUCUGCAAGCGCACUGUGACGGCCAAAACGGGCCUGCAGUGCCAAGGGUCUUGCAAAUCUUGGAUCCACUUCACCUGCUGCAGCUACACCCCUGGAAAAAUUAAAGAUAUCAAGGCCAAAGUUAUUAAAGUUCGAUGUCCAUGCCCGGACUGCUCUAAUACAGAAGGGCCGAAAGAAGUUGUCAUGUUGAAGGACUCAAGCUUCACAUGCGUCAACAAAACCUGUCCCAUAAACAUUCCACCCGAAUGUCAGGAUGGCAAUUUGAAUAAAAUGAACCAACAACCCUCGCCAUGUACAUUCUCAUGUAAGGAGUGGCCGGGAGUUCCGUGUAGCGCCAAUACCUGCAGUGUAAACACGCAAGACGAUUGCUGUCCUGAAAAGUCGCGCGCGCAUCCUAUUCCACACCAACAACCACCGUCGUGUCCGCCGUCGCCGCCGCCGGCGCCAUGCAUUCCAGCGCCGCAAGCUUGUCCGCAACCGCCACCAUGUCCGCCGCCGAAGCCAUGUACGCCGGGGAAGACAGCUUCACCGGCGAAGCCAUGUUCGAAGACGUGUUCACCUGCGCCAACAACGCCGCCCCACGCUUCAAACUCGUCGUCUCCAGCUCGGCGUAUGUCACCUUCAUCUACCCCAGUAAUGCCUUCUAUAAGUCUCGUGGAAAACAUGUGCGAGACCGUCGGGCUGUUGAGUAACCAGCUUAAUCAGUUGAUGUGUAAGAUGACAGAAGUACUAAACCCGAGUAACAUCUCGCAACAGACCGAUUUCGCAACUCCGUGUCGUUGCCCAAAAAAUCCUGGAGCAGGUAGACGAUAG